AUGAGCCAUGCACCUCCACCUCCGCCUCUACCUCCGCACUUGUUCAGAUCACAAAGGCCGGCGAGUAUAGUACCCCCACCACCUCCAGUGUCUUCUGGAGCGACACGAAAGCAAAUAUGCCUGGUGAACCUUUCCAGCCAUUCCAUACGCUCUUCUACGGUUCACUUAUGGAUCCUGAAGUCCUCCAAGCAAUUUCUUGAUCUUCCGGAACUCCCGACUACAAAGCCUGCUACUAUUUCUGCAUUCCGGAUUAAAAUGUGGGGCAUAUACCCAACAUUGAUACCUAGCCACGGUGGAAGCGUGACUGGGACUGUGUGGAAGGUGACCUCGGAAGCCCACUUCGACCGUUUAGCAGCUUACGAGACUGCUGCUUACAGAUGGGACGAGUGUGAUGCAGUUUUAGAAGAUGGAGAGAUUCUCGGGAACUGUCGGACGUUCUGCUGGGCAGGGGAACCAGAUAGCAAGGAACUUGAAAAGGGUAGUUUCGAUCUAGAACGCUAUCAGAAAUACUUCAAGCCUUCCGUCACUAGGCGGCGGACGCCAGUGCCGUCAAGCACGGUUUAA